AUGGUAGGCGAGGGGGCGGGCCGCGGCGCCGCGCAGUGGCACGUGGGCGACUCGCCCCCGCGUGCGCCCAUGGGCUUUGCGGCGCCCGCGCAGGAUGCCUCGCUCGACCGUGGCCAUGCGCCGGCGCCGGCACCUGUACAGCCCGCCGCGGCCGCCGCAGCUGCUUUGCAGCGGGCUCACUCUAGGUCAAUGUCAUCUCUUCCACCGGAGCCCUUCAUGAUGCUCCGCGCCAAGGCGCUGAGCAAACGGGUCAUCAUCAACGUGGGUGGUGUACGUCAUGAAGUGCUUUGGAGGACGCUAGAAAGACUACCACAUACGCGACUCGGUAGACUCCGAGACUGCAACACGCAUGAGGCUAUAACCGAACUUUGCGACGACUAUUCCUUACAGGACAAUGAAUAUUUCUUUGACAGGCAUCCGAAGAGUUUUAGUUCAAUAUUAAAUUUCUAUCGGACGGGCAAGUUGCAUUUAGUGGAUGAAAUGUGUGUGUUGGCGUUUAGCGAUGAUCUCGAGUAUUGGGGUGUGGAUGAAUUAUAUUUAGAAUCGUGUUGUCAGCACAAAUAUCACCAGAGAAAAGAGCAUGUCCACGAAGAGAUGCGCAAGGAGGCGGAGAGUUUACGACAGAGGGAAGAAGAAGAAUUCGGUCAGGGCACAUGCGCGCAAUACCAAAAGUGGCUAUGGGACUUGCUAGAGAAACCGACGACGAGUAUCGCUGCCAGGGUGAUCGCCGUGAUCUCGAUCCUCUUCAUCGUGCUGUCCACAAUAGGGCUCACUCUCAACACGAUCCCACAAAUGCAAGUCGCGGACGAGAACGGCACCCCCAUGGAUAACCCGCAGCUAGCCAUGAUAGAAGCCGUCUGUAUUACCUGGUUCACCCUUGAGUACGUGCUACGGUUUAGUGCUUCGCCGGAUAAGUGGAAAUUUUUCAAAGGUGGACUGAACGUUAUAGAUUUGUUGGCGAUACUGCCCUAUUUCGUUUCGCUUUUCCUCCUCGAGACGAAUAAAAAUGCAACGGACCAAUUCCAAGACGUACGCCGGGUCGUUCAGAUAUUUCGGAUAAUGCGAAUAUUGCGUAUCCUAAAACUCGCGCGCCACUCGACGGGGCUUCAGUCGCUAGGGUUCACACUCAGAAACUCUUAUAAAGAACUCGGACUUCUAAUGUUGUUCCUCGCGAUGGGCGUUUUAAUUUUCUCCUCGCUGGCAUAUUUUGCGGAGAAAGAGGAGCCGGGAACGAAAUUUAUUUCCAUUCCCGAAACAUUUUGGUGGGCCGGCAUCACCAUGACAACGGUCGGGUACGGCGACAUAUAUCCCACCACUCCCCUGGGCAAAGUGAUCGGCUCAGUUUGCUGCAUUUGCGGCGUGUUGGUUAUUGCGUUACCCAUCCCUAUUAUCGUCAACAAUUUCGCCGAGUUUUACAAGAACCAGAUGAGGCGUGAGAAGGCGCUCAAACGUCGCGAGGCGCUGGAGCGCGCAAAACGCGAGGGUUCCAUCGUCUCCUUCCACCACAUUAACUUGCGAGACGCAUUCGCCAAGAGCAUGGACCUGAUCGAUGUGAUCGUCGACACAGGACACAACUUGUCCCAGGCGGACGGCACUAGUCUGGAAGGUGAAGUACCGCCGAUCACCGGCUGCUACAAGCAGUACGACCAUGCGAUCGCGAAUAGGAUUCCACAAGCUGAUGCUCACCAGUUUCAGAGCAGUCCUAACAAGGACCGACGCUUCUCAGCAGAAGGCUUGGUCACACCGGAGAAAUGCUUGCUCAUUAAUCCUGAACAAACGCCAGAAAAGAAGAUGGCUGAAAAACAGCUUGACUUGGAACAGCUGCCUUCUGAGUUUGAAUGUUGUUUUUGCACGUUUAAGGGCUACAAGGAGUUCAUAGACGCCGAACAACUAAUGCCAAUGUCGACAUCAGACCUGCGUCAGCCGGUGUGCGUCGAGUUGGCGUGCUUGCAGAGGCAUCCGGCGCCUCGUGCUCUCCCAGAAGCCACUCCAAAUAGUCUCGACAGUCCUGAGGGCGACAUCACGUGCGAGAACGACUCUUCAAACUUGUAUGUGAAUCCUCUGGAUGGUAGCGGCGGGAGCGGCGCGGGGGUGAGCGCGGGGGCGGUUUCGACCGAGUUUGUGGGUAUGCGCAAGAGCGCGUCGGGUGAUGGGAGCGUGUUGUGUGCGAACGAUUCGCAGGGGAAGGUUUCACCGCGCGGCUCGCGAGGCAGCCUCAGUGCUGUCGGUACUGGCGCCAGUGUGGUCGCCGCUUCUGAGGCAGCAGGGCAACUUGACGAAUCACCCUGCAGCCUCACGCAGCCGCUAGAUCUCCCCGCGGCCGACGACUCCAAGCCCAAACAUAGAAAAGCAAGAUUUCAACAGGAGUGGUCGGAGGAGGAGAAGAGGCCACCUCGCGGCAUAGCGACGAGGAUAAUUAAUCACCAUAUACUGUUUGGUAAGAAUGGCAAUAAACGUGGGGGCAGCGGCUGGCCACUCGAAGGCGACUCCCGAUCUCGGUCCAUUCUGAAGAACAAGGAGUCGCGGGGCACCGACAGCGAGCUGCUCCUGCAGGAGACUACCUCGCUCGGAGCAAAUGGUGACUCAGGCAGCGAGUCAUCGCCAAUUCGUUUGAAAGACUUCAAGGGGCACAACCAUAAAGCCGGCACUGAAAGAAGCCACCUCGUGACGUAA